GGUGGGAGGAGGCUCUUGGAGGAAUCUCCUGGUCCCAAGGAACAGGGGCUCAGAGCUCCCGGGACCCUGUUAAAGAGCUGGGUCACAGCAAAAAACCCUUGUUUGGAACUGCCAAUCUGGGAUUGGAAAUGGAGUUCCGUGGGUCCCAGCCCAAGGCUGUUGGACAGCGCCUCCUCCAGGCUGAGACCCUAGGGAAGAAUGGGCUCCGGGCGGUGUCCAGUGUCCAAGGGGGAAGAGUGCUCCGCUGGUUCACCACUGUGGUCCUGAACGCUGCCUUCCUGGGGAUGGGGGUGAGCGCUGCUGUGCUAGGACCCACAUUUCCAGACCUGGCACGAAAUGUGAACCGGAACAUCAGCAGCCUUUCGGAAAUAUUCAUUGGCCGGGCCCUCGGCUACUUGUGUGGCUCUGUGGUCGGUGGGGUGCUUUUCGACUGCAUGAAUCAUUUCUUACUUUUGGGGCUGUCAAACCUGUUCACCUCGGCCGGCUUUUACCUGAUUCCAUUUUGUAAGACAGCUGUCUUACUGACUACCAUAAUGUCUGUCACUAGCAUCUCAUUUGGCAUUCUGGAUACAGGUGGCAAUGUUCUCAUCUUGAACCUUUGGGGGGACAAAGGAGCCCCACACAUGCAGGCCUUGCACUUCAGUUUUGCCUUGGGUGCCUUCCUGUCACCCCUGCUGGCUAAAUUGGCCUGGGGUACAACAGCGUCCGCUCAGAACUACACAGAGCCCAACUUUGACCGUUCAGCCUUGAACCGAUCCUCUGCAGGUACCUCUUACUCUCUGCUUGCGGUACCUGAGGACAAGAAUCUGCUGUGGACGUAUGCUUCCAUCGGCACCUAUGGCUUAGUAGUUUCUGUCUUUCUGCUUGCUCCAUUCUUUAAGAAAAACUCAAAACAGAAAAAAUCCACGGCAUCUGAUCAGGGAGCUCGAAGAGCUAAAUACCACUGGGCCCUGCUCUGUCUCCUCUUCAUCUUCUUCUUUUUUUACGUUGGAGCCGAGGUGACCUACGGCUCUUUCCUAUUCUCCUUCGCCACCACCUAUGUUGGCAUGAAAGAAAGCGAAGCAGCCGGUUUGAACUCCAUCUUCUGGGGGACCUUUGCGGCCUGCAGGGGCCUGGCCAUCUUCUUUGCAACAUUGUUACAGCCUGGAACCAUGCUUGUGUUGUGCAACGUUGGCAGCCUUGUCUCAUCUUUGUUUCUGGUGCUUUUUGACAAGAGCCCCCUCUGUCUCUGGAUCGCGACUUCUGUGUAUGGAGCCUCGAUGGCAGCCACAUUUCCCAGCGGCAUUUCCUGGAUUGAGCAGUACACCAGCCUCAGUGGGAGAUCUACGGCAUUUAUUCUGGUCGGUGCUGCCCUGGGGCUAAUGGCUACUCCUGCACUGUCUGGAACUCUUCAAGGACUCUACUCAGAUCUACCAAUAAUUCUGUACACUUGUCUGGGGUCAGCAGUACUCAUGAUUGUUUUAAUUCCUGGGAUGUAUAAAUUAGCCACCUUACCUCAGAAGCAGAAGGAAACCGUCAACGGUGAGGACCAGACAUUUUUACCUUCUAGCUCUGGGGAACAAGGAAGAAAAUGCAAAGAUGAAGAAAAAUGCAAUUAAAUGGGAAAAGCACGAGCGGGGACCAGAAGACUUUGCUUUGUAGCUCUGAGAUAAACAAGGAAGCUAAACGAAGAAGGAAAGGGGAGAGGUGUGCAAUGAAUUUAGAAGGGGUUGACAUGAAGAAUGAGGCCUCCUUUGAAAGAAAUAGAAUAGAAAUGUUUUUAUAUAACCCAUAGCUGAGGUCUCUGAGUACUCUCCUGGAAUGUUCUACAGCCUGCAUCCUCCCCAGAUAACAGGGAUGAUUCAGUUGAGAAUCACCAGGACAGAGGGACUAAGGGAGAAAAUGGGCUGGUGACUGAGUGGCCUCACCGAGUGACUCCUAAGGAGCCUGUCAGAGCCAAGAUCUAAACAUUCAGCGUAUUUCAGGGAACCCAAGCCGGGUCCAUUUAUAGCCAGUGGUGACAUUGUGAAAGGAUUAAUUCUCAGGGUCUCCCAUAAACUCCCAAGUGAUCUCGUUCCGGGCCUCAGGUUUAGCGGGAAACUAUUAUGUUAUAAACCCAACCUUUCAAAGAGUUCAUAGAAGACGUCUAUUUGUGUUUCAUUCUUUUGAGACAGGAUAUUUCUGUGUAGCCCAGUCUGGUCUCAGAUUCACAAUCUUCCUGUCUUAGUUCUAAGACAUCUGAGAAUUUAAGAAGCUCCCCAAUGUGGAGAAGCCACGGAGUGGGUUGUGUUUGCUAAACAGAUAACCGGUUUUCUCAUUCUACCUGAGAAGCUAGGGAGUAAUUUCAUGCCACAGUGUCCUAGGCAAUGGGAGGAGUUUCUAUUCAUUGCUUACUUUGUCUUCAGGCUGGAGCAAGGAUCUUAAUGAUUCACUUGAUUGGUGUUUUUUCCCUUGAAGAGAACACAUAGUUCAGGAGACCUGGGAGGCAGGUCUCCUGAGAUCCCUAACGUUGCUCUCAUAGAAGUCAUCUCCCCAACCCAUGAUUCUAGAAGAGAAAAUACAAGGAUUUCCAAACUAAAAUCCAUGACUUCCGCAGUUCCUUUUAGAUGUCUCUGAGAACAUUCCAAAAAAGAAGUGAAACACAAAUCACAAAUAGACUUAAGAAUGUGCUACACAUCUAAUACUUUAUAUGUUAGCUCUAAUUUUCAGUAAAGUGUGAAUUUUUAAAGCUGUAUUUCAUCAAGUCUAACUACUUUAAAAUUAUGGCAUUUCUUAUAAUAAAUGAUUGUUCAACAUUG